AUGGUGAACCCGCUCGAUCUAAUGCAGCAGCCGCGCCGCGUCAAGCUGCCGGUCUGCACGGCCCUGCUGGCGACGAUGUCGGAGAAGUUCCGGGCCUGGAUAGAGCACUGGCCAGUCAAUGCUGCGAAAGAGCUGGUGGUGCAGUGUUGCGACGAGGCUGAGGAGGCUGUUUAUCAGCGCCUGGUGGCCUUCAUUCACAGCAUAGGCGGCGAGGUUCCUGAGGGCUUUGAGGCUCAGGUUCAGCUGCUGCUGCUGGCGCGGGAACAUGCGGUGGAGGUGGCAGUGCUGGCCUGUGUGCAGCAGCUGCAGCAGCAGGUGCCGACUAUGUCUGCCACGCCAUGCCUCACCCUGUUGUCAGUCCUGGAGACUGGCACCUCGGGCCACGACCAACUUCAGGCCAAGGCAGACAAGCUGGCGGCAGCUGCAUGUGACAGGUUGUGCAAGCUGCUGGUGGCAGGCACCUCCAUGGCUGAAUCUGGAGAGCAGCAGCAGCUGCUGCAGUAUCUGGGACCGAUGCAGGUCAUGCUGAACAGCGAGCGGCGGCGCAAGUUGUUUGCCCGCAUCCCAUUUGGCCUGCUGCGGGAUUGCAUUUUUGCUGACGACAGUGUGGAUGCAGACACCGAGACCACAGUGCUGGCGGCCUUUGCCUACUGGGCGGAGCGCAACAUUAAGGCCACCGACCCAGGCGCCAGAGAGCGCAUCGCCACCAUCUGCUGCCGCAUCCGCUUCCCAGCCAUCCCAGUCAGCGUGCUGUGGAACUACCACAUGCGGCACGAGUUCAUGCGCAUCUUUGAUCCCGACAAGGCGCUGCUGUUCCGAGCGGUAGCAGAACCAUCAGUAGCUGCAGCUUGGCAGGAGCUCCUUGCAACCGGCGGCGCAGCAGACACCCUCGUGGCCAACUGCGAGCGCUGGUGGACGCCGCGCCCUCAUCUGCUGGCAAGGCACUCAAAGGCAGCAGAUUUUGAGCUUCAGGUGAAGUACGCACUUCAGCUUUGCGCCUCUCAAAGUCUGGCUGUCAAACAAGGCACCAAGUCGUUUUUGCCCAGUGCCGGAUGCGGCUCUGGCAAGCGUACUGUGAAGAACACCUCACAGCACGGCGGGCAGCCCAUCACCUGGGAUGGCUUCUGGGCGGAGGACUCCCGCUUCAUGCACAAUGGCGCCGCCCGCGUGCGCCUGGAGCUGCGAAUGCGCCGCAGCUAG